AUGUCGGUUCAAACGGUCUCCAUCCAGCCCUUUACGGACCAGAAGCCAGGCACCUCGGGUCUUCGCAAGAAGGUCAAGGUCUUCCAGCAGCCCCAUUACUCCGAGUCCUUCAUCACCAGUAUCCUCCUGUCAAUCCCCGAGGGCGUCAAGGACUCGUUCCUCGUCAUUGGCGGUGAUGGCCGUUUCUACAACCCCGAAGUGAUCUCCAAGAUUGCCCAGAUCAGUGCCGCCUACGGUGUCAAGAAGCUGCUGGUCGGCCAGAAUGGUAUUCUGAGUACCCCGGCCGCCAGUAACCUCAUCCGGGUGCGCAAGGCUACUGGUGGUAUUCUGCUGACUGCCAGUCACAACCCCGGCGGUCCCGAUAACGACUUUGGUAUCAAGUACAACUUGGCCAACGGUGCCCCCGCCCCCGAGACCGUGACCAACAAGAUUUACGAGACCUCCAAGUCUCUGACCUCCUACAACUAUGUCGACGUGGGUGAUGUCGACACCUCCAGCAUUGGCACCAAGACCUACGGCCCCCUCGAGGUCGAGGUUGUCCACUCGACCGCCGACUACGUGACCAUGAUGAAGGAGAUCUUCGACUUCGACCUGAUCAAGGAGUUCCUCAGCUCCCACAAGGAUUUCAAAGUCCUGUUCGACGGUAUGCACGGUGUUACCGGCCCAUACGGCACCGACAUCUUCGUCAAGGAGCUCGGAUUGCACGCCAGCAGCACCAUGAACUGCGAGCCCAAGCCGGACUUCGGCGGCGGUCACCCCGACCCCAACCUGGUCUACGCCCACGAGCUCGUCGAGGCCGUUGACAAGAACGGUGUGCACUUCGGUGCUGCCAGUGAUGGUGACGGUGACCGUAACAUGAUCUACGGUGCCAACACCUUCGUCUCUCCCGGUGACAGCUUGGCCAUCAUUGCCCACCACGCCAAGUUCAUCCCCUGGUUCCAGAAACAGGGUGUCUAUGGUCUCGCCCGGUCCAUGCCCACUUCUGGUGCUGUUGACCGCGUCGCCGAGGCCCAGGGCCUGCAGAGCUACGAGGUGCCCACUGGCUGGAAGUUCUUCUGCAAUCUGUUCGACAACAAGAAGAUCUCCAUCUGUGGUGAGGAGAGCUUCGGUACUGGCAGCAACCAUAUCCGUGAGAAGGACGGUGUCUGGGCCAUCGUCGCCUGGCUGAACAUCAUCGCUGGUGUCGCCAAGCAGAAGCCCAACGAGACCCCCAGCAUCGCCUCCAUCCAGAACGACUUCUGGAAGACCUACGGCCGUACCUUCUUCACCCGCUAUGAUUACGAGAACGUCGACAGCGAUGGCGCCAACAAGGUCGUCGGCACCCUGUCUGACCUUGUCGCCAAUCGCGACACCUUCAUCGGCUCGACUAUUGCCUCGCGCAAGGUUGUUGACGCCGGUAACUUCUCCUACACCGACCUGGAUGGCAGUGUCUCCAAGAACCAGGGUCUAUAUGCCAAGUUCGACGACGGCAGCCGUAUUGUCGUCCGGCUGUCUGGCACCGGCAGCAGCGGCGCUACCAUCCGCCUUUACGUCGAGCGCUACGAGAGCGACAGCUCCAAGUUCGGCCUCAGUGCCCAGGAGUACCUCAAGGACAACGUCGCCCUGGCUCUGAACCUGCUCAAGGUCAAGGAGUACGUUGGUCGUGAGGAGCCUGAUGUUAAGACCUAA